GCUCGGGUUAACCGUUAGGCGUCGUCCGCUGUGGUGGUGGUUGCGUGGAAACUCAUUCGAAAUGGCUACUCAACUAAUGGGUGACACCCUUCAUUCGCUUCUCCGGAGAGCUGCGGAUCAUGAUACCGAUCCCGAUGAUGCGGACGCUCCGGAGGCGGGCACCAAGGAGUUCUUCAGCUCCUGGGCACUCUUUAUCUUGAUCGCUCUGUUGAUGGCUGCGCUAUUCACCAGCUAUAUUCUGCAGCAAAGAAGAAUACAAGCAGUUCACGAAACCGUUCUGUCGAUUUUUGGAGGCAUGUUCGUUGGACUGAUCAUUCGAGUUACCGACUCCCCCAUCGAAACCUUCGUCGCCUUUGACUACCAAUUCUUCUUCAACCUCCUCCUUCCCCCGAUUAUCCUAGCCUCGGGCUACGAAUUACAUCAGGCCAAUUUCUUCCGAAAUAUCGGCACCAUCCUUACCUUUGCCUUUGCCGGAACCUUCAUAUCGGCCAUUGUGCUGGGUUUGAUUUUGUUUCUCUGGACCCGAAUUCCAUUAGACGGAUUAGAUAUCUCGUUUGUUGAAGCCAUCUCGGUUGGUGCCACGCUUUCUGCGACAGAUCCGGUUACGAUUUUGGCUAUCUUCAAUCUCUACAAAGUCGAGCCUAAGCUUUACACCGUCAUCUUCGGCGAGUCGAUCCUGAACGAUGCGAUUGCGAUUGUUUUGUUCGAGACGGCCCAGAAGUAUGCGUAUAGUGAUGCAGGCUCUCUCACCUUUUUGAAUUUGUUCGAAGCUAUCGGGCUUUUCUUGCUCGUCUUCUUUGGAAGUAUGUUGGUGGGCGUUAUUGUGGGUAUUUUGACAGCUCUGGGACUGAAAUACACUCAUGUCCGCCGCCAACCCAAGAUUGAGAGCUGCUUGAUAGUUCUCAUUGCCUACGCGAGCUACUUCUUCUCUAAUGGUGUUCUCUUAUCAGGUAUCGUGUCGCUGCUGUUUUGUGGAAUCACCUUGAAGCAUUACGCCUACUACAACAUGUCGCGUCGAACCCAGUUGACGACCAAAUAUCUCUUCCAAGUUAUGGCACAACUAUCGGAGAACUUUAUCUUUAUUUACCUAGGUCUUGACCUGCUUGUCGAUAGAAAAUCGGAGUUCAAGCCGCUUUUCAUUUUGGUGACCGUCAUUGGUAUCUGUAUUGCCCGCUAUCUUGCCGUGUUUCCAUUGUCCAAGGCGAUCAACUGGUUUAUUCGGUAUAGGGCGCGACGGCGCGGAAUGGAUGUCGCUGAUGAGCUGCCUUUUGCAUAUCAAGCAAUGCUCUUCUGGGCGGGCUUGCGUGGAGCAGUCGGAGUAGCGCUGGCCGCUGGUCUUGGAGGUGCGAAUGGACCGGCCCUACGUGCUACCGUUCUUGUCGUGGUAGUGCUUACCGUCAUUAUUUUCGGAGGUACAACGGCGCGUAUGUUGGAGAUCCUAGGAAUUCGAACCGGAGUGGUCGAAGAAAUUGAAUCCGAUGACGAGUUCGACAUUGAGGUUUCAAACGGGGGCACCUACUAUAAGCGCUCCGAUACUGGAUUGGGAUACUCGCCUCGUCGGCCCGACACUAUUCCCCUGGAUGGAGUCUCGCGACGAGACCUCGACCGAAACAACAGCUACUCCAGCGGCAACAAUCGCCGACCCAGCCCUCCUACGUCCUCAGGUUCGAGCAGAAGACAUUCCAGAUUGCACUCGAACGCGUUCAGCGCUCGGGAUACGCAAGCAACGCGCGACCGAUCUUCGACCGCGACUCUUCUGGGCAAUGGUGUGGGUAGCCACAGUGACAGCAGCGUUGCCAGCGAAGACGAGUUUGGUCUGAAGACUUCUGGAAAGGGCAGAGCUGUAGAUACCGACCAGCUCGAGGCCUUUGAUUUGGAUGGUGAUGAUGUACAUUCGGACGAUGAUCUGCCUCCUGCAGCCCCGACCCGGAUGCGGCGAUCACCGUCCCAGCCCUCACAACAUCAGCAGCAUCUGGGGACCUCCUCAACACCGCCGCAAAGCAGUGUUUCCCCCCGGCGCGAAACAGGAAUGAGCGCACGCGAGGCAAUCCGCGAUCUUUUCUCGGGCGGACCGUCGGGGGACCAUGUGGCGUGGUUCCGACAGCUGGAUGAGGAUUAUAUUAAGCCCCGACUUCUGCUGGACCAGUCCAACCAUAAGGGGCCUGGCGCUGUUUAGAUUUGUUCUUCAUGUUUUGUGUGUGUGUGUGUGUGUAUACACACGUAUAAUAUCAUUUUUGAUUUGGCUUUGGUCUUCUUAAUGUUCCCUUAUCAGAGAUGGCGCUCAGCCAGUAGUUUCUAAACUAUGGACCAGGGGUUCUUCUCCUCUGAUAGUUCCUCUUAGUCUACUUGGGUAUUAUCCACGAGGUUAUCAGAGUAUCAAUGACCAGAAUGCCCAAGCCCUCCAAUCCCAACUCUUUGCAGCGAUGAUAAGAAGUCCGCGGCGUCAGUUAGUCCGGAGGCUUGACACAAGGUGCAGCGUGAGUGUUACUGGAAAGGGAAGGUCUGUCCUGUAGUAACGAAUUAUAUGAAGCUUUAUUGGUUUAUCUGGAUGUGACCUACGUAUCUUAAAACCAGUAAGCCUCUAGAGUCG